AUGUCACCGCUGCGAUCACUGAAGGGUAACGAACGAUCUAAAGUGAUCAUAAGCAAUUAUCUCGCUAAUGCUGCGCCUCAACAUCUGCGACUGAUCAUUCUGUCGGAUUGUCACGGCAAUAGCUCGGAGCGCAGUGAAGUCAAAGUGGGUCGCUCAAAGAAUGUUGCUUCCAAGGGUCCCUGUCUCUCCAGAAUGGACGAAAUUCUUUCCACACAUCUCUGCAUAUGGUGA